GUCGUUAGAAAAAGAAAGAAAGAAAGAAAGAAAACCCAGCAAAAUUACACUCUUUUCGCAUUCAUCCCUUUUCCUUUUUUCCUCACUUUGCUUUGUUAAAAGCACUUCUUCAACAUUAUAUCCUCCUUUAUUAAACUUCUUAUUUUUCAUAUAUUACAUUAUUCUUCCCAAAUAUAACAUUUUCCCAUGAUUUUUCCUACAUUGUGCUACUAAUCCUAAACCCUGAUUUACAAUGACAAGGGUGAGUCCAGAGUUUGAGUAUGAGGUACAGCAUGAUGCAGUUCUAUCAGUUUCAGCUGAUGUUAGUUUCCCUUCUGAUGGAUUUCCAAAGUAUAAAAUUGGACCUAACAAUGAGAUAGUAGAAGAGCCUAAGCCUAAUCCUGAUUCGCCGCCUCUCAAGGAGGUUGUUGCACAAGAAACCGAGCAACUAGCCGAGCAACACAAGCGUUUAUCAGUUCGAGAUCUUGCUACUAAAUUUGAUAAGAAUUUAUCUGCUGCAGCUAAGCUAUCAGAUGAGGCGAAACUCAGGGAGACGGCUUCUUUGGAGGGACAUGUUCUUUUGAAAAAACUUAGAGAUGCUUUGGAAUCAUUGAAAGGGUGUAUGGCUGGUAGAAAUAAGGAGGAUGUAGAAAAAGCUAUAUCUAUGGUGGAAGCUUUGGCAGUUAAGCUAACUCAAGAGGAAGGAGAGUUAAUACAAGAGAAAUUUGAGGUCAAGAAGCUGGCAAACUUUCUUAAGCAGGCUUCUGAAGAUGCCAAAAGAUUGGUAAACCAGGAAAGAUCCUUUGCUUGUGCUGAAAUUGAGAGUGCUAGAGCUGUAGUACAAAGAUUUGGGGAAGCUCUUGAAGAAGAAGAAAAACUAGCUCAAACAUCCGGAAAGCAGGACGUUGAGACAUUGGUGGAGGAGGUUCAAGAAGCUAGACGAAUCAAAUUGAAUCAUCAGCCAUGCAAGGUGAUGGAUAUGGAACAUGAACUUCGAGCUCUUAGGCUUCAACUUAGAGAGAAAUCUAUAUUCUCGGCUAAGCUUCAAAAAGAGCUGGCCAUGACAAAGAGGGCAGAAGAAAGUAGACUAUGUGUGUACCAGUUAGAAGGUGCUCAAACCCUAGGUUCAUGUCUUAGGAUCAGGCCUCGUGCCAAUAAUGCUCCUGAUCUUUCAAAAUGCUCUAUUCAGUGGUUCCGUUUAUCACCUGAGGGUGACCAUACCGAGAUACUAGCAGGUGCCAACAAACCAAUUUAUGCACCGGAACCUUUAGAUGUGGGCAAAAUUUUGCGAGCUGAUGUUGUUUCCGAUACUCAGACAAUUUCAGUGACAACAGUUGCACCCAUUGACCCUGCUCCUGGACUGACAAGCCACGUGCAAUCACUUCAGCGGCGGUCCAAUGCUGAAUUCCAUGUAGUGAUAUCACAGAUGAAUGGACAAGAUUAUCCAUCACAUUCUGUUCAUGUAUUUCAUGUCGGAAAAUCAAGAAUGAAACUUAGUAGAGGAUGGAUAAAUAAGACCAGGGAGUCUUAUUCUACAUCAAUGCAGCUAUGUGGUGUAAGAGGUGGUGGUAAUGCUGCUUCUAAAUCAUUGUUUUGGCAAGCGAGGAAGGGACUUUCCUAUGUAUUGACAUUCGAAACAGAAAGAGAUAGGAAUUCUGCCAUCAUGAUCGCAAGAAAAUAUGCUCUUGAUUGUCAUGUCGUACUUGCUGGACCUGAUGAGUGAUGACAAAGCCUAAUAUCAAGCCUAACCGAAACUCAAAGCAUUUAUUGGACCGUAUGAGAGAUUAACCUGAUUUUUCCCCUAGAUUUUUUGUUAUGGUUUUCUUGGUGUGUUAUUUUUGUUGUAUAUUUGUGUGAUUUAGAUGAUACAGUAGAAGAAUGGCUUGUAUUGAGUUCCACUAAUUUUGGUUGCAACCCUAAAUUAGGCAUUGUGUUUUAUAAUUUGCCUAAUUUUUUUGGUUGAGACCUUUCUUAUUGAAAUAGAUGUAUUAUAUAUACGUCGUAUACUUCAUAUGUUUACACUAUUUCUAUACACUCGUAUAUUAAGGGUAUGUUCAUAUUUA